AUGCGGAUCGGGCCGUGUGUUGGCAGGGCCGUCUGGCAGCACCGACGGCCGUUCUCUUCGGCGUCGACGCUGCGCGAGCUGCGCGAUGCUGCCAGCCUUCCAGACCGCAUCGAGCCGCGAUACGAAGAGAGCCCGCCGUCUUCGCUGUUGUCGCUGCACUGGCCGCAGCCUCCGCGCAACAUCCUGAUCAUCCCCAAGCUGCACGUGCCGCGCGUCACGCGGUCGGCACUGGUGUUUGCCGAGCACCUGGCACGCAACUAUCCGGACCUGAAUCUCGUCUUUGAGCAUCGCGUCGCCCAGGCCGUCCACGAGAGCUUGCCGUUCCCCAUCUACACGACCGACAGCAGCCAGACACGGACGCUAUUUCCCGACAAGAUCGACCUGAUCACCACUCUGGGCGGCGAUGGCACCAUCCUGCGCGCCGCCAGCCUCUUCUCGCUGCAGCCCAGCGUGCCGCCGGUCCUCUCUUUCAGCAUGGGCACCCUCGGCUUUCUGGGCGAGUGGAAAUUCGAGGAACACAAGCGUGCUUGGCGCGAGGUAUAUAUGAGCGGCAGCGGUGUCGCCGUUGACGAUCUGGUUGCGCCACAUACCCAAAUUGCAGCGGGUAGUGUUGGUGAUGGUGGUGGUAGUGCUGCUACUAGCUCUGCCAGCUCCGAAGAGAAUGCAGAGGCGCUGGCGGCAUGGGGGAGUGUCCGCGGCCAGAGUUUGGGGGUCAAGCGUGUGUCGCGCAUGCUGCUGCGGAAUCGGCUCAAGGUCGGCGUGUACGAUCAGGCUGGCGUCAACAUCAAUGACAAGCUGACGUCCAUCCCGGCCACAACGACGACAUUUUCCAGCCCGACUCAGCAGGCAAAACAGGUUGGCCCUCCUUGCCCUCCUCGCUCUCCAGUGGCCGCCAACACGCCACCGCCUGCCUUCCAUGCUAUCAACGAGCUGCUCAUCCACCGUGGCCCGCAUACACAUCUCGCCAUUAUCGACAUCUACAUCAACGACCACUUUCUGACCGAGGCUGUGGCCGACGGCAUCCUCGUCAGCACGCCCACCGGAUCGACGGCCUACUCGCUCAGUGCCGGCGGUGCCAUCAUCCAUCCGCUGGUCGGCUCGCUGCUCAUCACCCCUAUCUGCCCGCGCAGCUUGAGCUUCCGGCCGCUGGUCCUGCCGCUCAACACCAAAGUGUCGCUGCGGCUCAGCGAGCGCAACCGCGGACGCGAUCUCGAGGUCAGCAUCGACGGCAAGCGCAAGGCUGGCGUCGGCAUCGGCAUGGAGGUGCGCGUCGAAGGCGAGGCCGUUGGCCGCACUGCCGACGGCAGCUGGCGCGGCGGCGUGCCCUGCGUCAUCCGCGCGCCCCGUCAUGGCGCUCGCGGCGUCUUGAUGGAGGACGACGACGGCUGGGUUGGCGGCCUCAACAGCCUGCUCAAGUUCAACUAUCCGUUUGGCGAAACCCCCGCGGACUGA